CUGGUCCACCGAGACGUGGCGUAAGUACGUGUAACCCAUCCUCCUCUCCCCUCCUUCCACCGAUGAAGGGAAAGCAGAAAUUUCUUUCCCCCUCCCCGAAAAAAAGCAUCAGAGUUUCUCUCUGAAAAACAGAUUCAGACAAGCCACCAUUCUCUUGCUCGUCUUUGGCGUGCUCCUUGAUCGAGGGCCCCAUUCGUAAGGGGAUAUCGAUUACUGAGGCGUUGGAGUUGGAAUUCUUCGGUGGAAUCGAACCUCAGUUUGGGACUUGAGGCGGAAGGGAAUGUCGGGGUCCAUCGACCGGCGCGCGGUGCCUUGUGACUGUUUUGAGGGCUAUGCUCACAGUGAUGAAAAGAAAGAGUGCAAAUCGGAUGAAGACAACUCAGACGGAGAAAUGAAGGCUAAAAGAGCUUCCUUCAAGAAGAGAGCGAUUAGUGCGGGGAAUAAAUUUAGGCAUUCCUUAAGGAGGAAGAGUAAAACGAAGAGUGAUAAUCAUGUAGUCUCCAUAGAAGACAUAAGAGAUGUUCAGGAGCUGGAGACUGUUGAAAGGUUCCGCCAGUGUUUAGUUAAUGAAGGCUUGUUGCCAGAACGCCAUGAUGAUUAUCACAUGAUGUUGAGGUUCCUGAAAGCAAGAAAAUUUAAUAUCGAGAAAGCAAAGCAUAUGUGGUCAGAAAUGCUUAGAUGGAGGAAGGAAUUUGGGGCCGACAAUAUAGAGGAAUUUGACUACACUGAAUUACAUGAAGUUGUGAAGUACUAUCCACAAUUUUAUCAUGGUGUAGACAAAGAGGGAAGGCCUGUUUACAUAGAACUACUUGGGAAAGUUGAUGCCAACAAACUAGUACAAAUCACUACUAUUGACCGAUACGUAAAAUAUCAUGUCAAGGAGUCUGAGAGAUGUCUCCAGAUGAGGUUUCCAGCUUGCUCUAUUGCUGCGAAAAGACACAUAGACUCAUGUACUGCAAUCUUGGAUGUGCAAGGGGUGGGCCUAAAGAACUUCUCAAAAGAUGCAAGAGAGCUAAUAAUGCGGUUGCAGAAGGUCAACAAUGACAACUAUCCAGAGACCUUGUACCAAUUGUACAUCAUAAAUGCUGGCAAAGGCUUCAAGAUCUUAUGGGGUACAAUAAAAUCAUUUCUUGAUCCGGAAACUGCCUCAAAAAUUCAUGUCCUUGGAAGCAAGUACCAGAAUGAACUACUUGAAAUAAUUGAUGACAGUGAACUCCCAGAUUUCCUUGGUGGCAAAUGCAGGUGUGAAGAAUAUGGAGGUUGUCCAAAAUCUGAUAAAGGCCCUUGGAAGGACCCUGAAAUUAUCAAGAGGAUCCUCAAUGGUGAAGCAAACUAUGGUCGGCAAAUUCACUCUAUAUCAAGCAUCGAAGGGAAGGAAGUUGGUUGUACUGAGCCUCAACACUCAACCAAACAAGGCAUUGAUGUGUUUGCCGAAUCUAGUUCUGAAGUGGAAGAUGUUUCUUCUCCUACUGCUUCAGUGAACCCCAUCAUAAACCCUCAUUUGACCCCUGUGCCCGAGUCAAAAUUUCCAGGGCAUGCUUCCACAUCUGAUGCUCCUCCCGUUAUAGAGGAUGGCAUCCCUGUUGUUGACAAGGUUGUGGAUGCAUGCAUUGAUCCAACAGCCAGCUCAAUGGCUUCCACCUCAGGUUCACUCCCCUUGAGAAAUAUACCAACAUUGAGAGGACUUCAAACUCGAAUUGCUGCGUGGUUGACAGCCUUAAUCGUAAGCCUUCUGACAUUCCUUCGUGCUGUCCCAAGCGUAAUGACUAAAAGGUUCGCAAACCAGGCCAUUGCUUGUGGUCACCAUAGCGAUGAGUUCCCUCAAGGAUUUAUGGAAGAUGAUACCGUUUCAUCUGCGUUAAGACGGAUUGAUGAAUUGGAGGAGAAGGUACAGAUACUUGAAGCAAGGCCACCCCAAGUGCCAUUUGAAAAGGAAGAAUUGCUAAAUGCAGCUGUCCGCCGUGUGGAUGCAGUGGAAGCUGAGCUAAUUUCUAUGAAGAAGGCCCUGUAUGAGACAUUAAUUCGGCAGGAUGAGCUUGUUGCAUAUAUUGACCAGCAGCAGACAGUCAAGUUUUGUAGAAAGAAGUUGUGCCUGUAAGUACUGGAGUGCCUGCCAAUUUUGUUUCUUCUCUUUUGAGAUGGCAUGCUGCUGCUGUUGAUGGAAUGUAUUUAAAGCACGUGCAAAUUUUGUUGUAAUUAUUGGAAAUGGAAAGAGUUGGGUUUCUAUGACAUCCGGAGGCCAACUAGGGGUUAAGUUACUGUAGAUACUGUAGAUACUGUAGAUACUGUUUAUGUACGUAUAUAAGUAUAUAUACAUAUAUACGUAUACAUAUAAGUAUAAUAUAAUUUUCAUUUUCGGGAA